AUGGGUGAACACACUGGAUCGUUUCGAUACGCUUCAGCGGAAUCGGAAGGGGACUCGAACGAUUCAUUCGAGAUCCAACGGAUGUCGCUAGAACCAAAGAACGCGGAUCUUUUGCGGAAGACAUUUGAACGGAAUGCGGCAGAAGCGCAAGCGGGAAAGCCAACGGCAAUGCGGUUUAUGAACAUGGUGAAGUCAGAACAAGUGAAUUCUUUUUUUCGAGCACCCAUGAAGAAAUACGAGCUUGAACAAGCUCACAUGAACGCUGGACAAUUAAUUAAUCGCCAUCCCGAACCGGAGAUCCACAUGCCGGACAUUGACAUAGAGUCGAUUGGAUCGCGUCCUAGCGGAUUCCAUGACUAUGGUCAUGCGUUUCGGGAGCAAGGAGGCAAGAGAAUACCGCAGGUGGCGAAGGCAGGAGCGGCAGAGAGUGGCGGAUUCAAUAACCAAAGCAUUCGAAUGUAUGCCAUGGACGAACUAAAAGAAUUCUUCGGCCGAGAAAGAAGUGAAGAAAGGGCCAGGAAUUGGAUCUAUCAGGUGUAUUUGGCGUUCUAA